AUAGAAGAAAAUCUUCAUCUUCUCCGGCUGUGCACUAGCGAGAGGUUUUGGGGGAAAAUGCCGAAGAGGACGACGCACACAUAUUCUAGCGAGGACGCAGUUCCCGACGGUCCCAACUCCGAUCUCUUCGUCUAUUACUGUAAGCACUGCAGUUCGCACGUCCUCAUCUCCGGGCAUUCUCCUUGCUAAAGUAUGGUUGUAGACAAUCAAUUGCAGAAAAUGCCAAAAAGGAAAACCGACAAAGCAUAUGUAUUGGAUAAAAAAAAGUAUCUCGCAAGACUGAGUGUAGAUGAUGCAGGGAAAGUUCUUCUAAAACGUGGUGAAGGGAAAAUGGAGAAGCAGUUUCGGAUGUCCUGUAAGGGUUGUGGCCUGUUUGUCUGCUAUCGGGCAGAAGAAGAUCUGGAGACUGCCUCCUUUAUAUAUGUAGUUGAUGGGGCACUUAGUACUAUUGCGGCUGAGACAAAUCCACAGGAUGCUCCUGUACCACCCUGCAUCUCACAGUUAGAAGGUGGCCUUGUGCAAGUGGCGAUAGAAGUUGAGGACCGUGCCCAACGGUCAGCAAUUACAAGAGUGAAUGCAGAUGAUGUUCGGGUCACUGUAACCGCACCUGCAGCUCGUGGGGAAGCUAACAAUGAACUUCUGGAAUUCAUGGGCCGAGUACUGGGUCUGAAACUAUCUCAGAUGACUCUCCAAAGAGGAUGGAAUAGCAAAUCAAAGCUUCUUGUAGUGGAGGAUUUGACAGCUAGACAAGUAUACGAGAAACUCUUGGAGGCUGCCCAACCUUGACUUGGCUCCCUGAUGUUGUAGCUUUUCCUCCUUUUCAUUAUUUCCAUGUUUGUAAUAUUGGAUUUUCAGUUUCACAAAAUUGAAUUCAGUUGUUUAUGCAUCUGCUGUUCUGACCGUAUUGGAAGUUCUUGCUUCCUGCUUAUUACCUGCAACUGCAAUGUUUCAACUUUUCGUUGUUUUAUCCACAUGUUAAUAUUCAUCCUUUUAUUUGUAC